AUGAAUGCCUUCUCCGUAUCACUCUUCCGGUGCGUUAGAACCGGGCUGGCCCUGGCAGCGCUGGCCAUUGCGGCGACAGUCCAGAAUGCCGGCAAUCCAGUGGUCAUCGACCGCAGUGGAGUCUACAUAAGGGCCACAGCCAUGCACAACGGCAGCAUCGUCGCUGGUUAUGCCGCCGCGGACGGCACGGCUCAUGUCCUGCGCGCGGCUCAGAGUAACAACGGCGGAGCAUCCUGGACACGUCUCGGCGAAAUCUGGCGCACCGACAGUGCGACCCAUGACAUGGACAAUGCCGAGCCACUGGUCCUGCCCUCAGGACGCAUCCUUUACGCCUUCCGCAACCACGACCGGGUGGCCUCGUCGGGCCAGUACACCUACUACCGCAUCACCAUCUGCUACUCAGAUGAUGGCGGGCGUACAUGGCUGUUCCUAUCGCACGUGGACCAGCGGAAAGCCAACACCAAUGCUGGCGCCAACAAUGGUCUGUGGGAGCCCUUCCUGCGCUGGGCCGCCGACAAUACCUUGCAGGUCUACUACUCAAGCGAGAACAGUGCCAAAGACCAGGAUAACCUGAUGAAAUACUCGACUGACGGGGGCGCUACAUGGCGCGGACCCAUCACCGUGUCUGGCGGCGACCAGGCGUCCUCUCGUGACGGCAUGACGGGCGUGGCAGACCUAGAUGGAGGUGGAAUGAACCUAAUCUGCAUCUUCGAGAGCACCGAGUCUGGCCCUUUCACCAUCACACGCGUGCUGUCUAGCGACGGCGGGUACACGUGGUCCAGACGGGCGCGCGUGUACACGGCGGGCAACGGCAAGAACGCGGGCGCGCCACAGAUCAUCAAUGUAGGCGGCGCGCUUGUCGCGAGCUUCAUGACUAAUGAGGCUACCGACGUGGCCACCAUUGACGGCGGCCAGAUGAAGGUCGUCACCAGUAUGAAUUCCGCCGCCGCCUGGAGCAGCUCGGGCGGUGGCACCGGCACCAGCCGUGGCGCCGUCGUCACCGGCGACAGAGGCUCCCACUGGCCUGGCCUGUUCGUGCUCGACAGCAAGUGCUUUCUGGCGCUGUACACCAGAGAUGGCCUCGGCGCCGUUAGUCAGCGGUACUGUCUUGCCUAG